GAUAUAUACGACGUCUGCGUUCAUACUAAGAGCAUCUCCAAUGCAGUUGUGCAUUGGAGCUGAGAUGGCAAAGGUGCAUUCCAAAUCUAGGCCAAAAGUUUAGAGAAAAGUAAGGUCUAUUCAAAAUCAUCUCCAAUGCAAUUGUAAAACAAUAAAAUGAAAUAAGAAAGAGAAACUAAAUAAAAAAAAGGAAAGAGCAGAUGCAUGGCCGAACAAACUUGGAGGCCCACAAAGUGCUUGGUGUCUUUGUCAGAAGGUGAGACCCAAGGUCUCAAUAUGGACCUUGCCCCGGACUUUGUUCCAAAAUUAAAGUGCCAUGUCAUCUACAAUGCACCCAUUUUAUUUUGCAUUGGAAGGUAGAUUUCCACUUUAAUUCUACAUUUGAUGAUGUGGAGGUGCAAUGCACCUCCUCAUUGGAGUUGCUCUAACACGCAAUUACCCAUUCCAUUUUUAGAGAGAGAGAGAGAGAGCACAGUAAUUCAGUGAACGAGGAUACGGAUGGGUUCUCUUCCCUUCCACGUUUUCUCGAUUUAAAUACCAUAUUUUCCGUUUUUAUUCUGACUCCACAAGGAGUUUUGAUCGAAGUUCCAGUUUUUAUUCUCACUGCAGAGGAGUUCUCAUCGGACUUCUCUCUUGAUACUAUACUCAUUCAUCCAGUUUUCGGCGAGGAGUUAUUUAUCGAUUGAAUUGAAUUUGGAGCUGGGCGGAGAUGGGAGGAUGUGUGUCCAGGAAGGUGAGCUCCGACGCAGGUGAGAAGAAGAAGAAGAGUCGGAGGAGAAAGAAAGGUGGUUUACAAAAAAAGGCGACCUCUGGUUUAUAUGAUCGGACAUCUGAUAGAGCUGGCAAGACUUCUCCGCUGGCUCGAUCUAACAACAACCCUGGAAGUGUUGAAGAAGCAUGGUUUGAUUCAGUCACCAUACUCGAAAGCGAGUGCAGCGAUGAAGAAUUUCAGAGUGUAACUGAUGAUGCUCACUCUCUCAAUGGAUCUGAAUCUGAGCAUGUACAUAGGCCUGGGAAUUCAUCUGCUAGCCAUUCAGCUCGUAGCUCUGUCAGUGGCAAUACCAAACCAAACAUUCAUCCACACAGUUCUAUGCAUCCGAAAGAUGCUGAUUUUGCAUUAAGAUCUGAUGAGGUCAAACAACCUGAGGAAAUCUCCCCCUUUACAAAUGAAAGUUGUACCAGCAGAGGUCAUGGCUUGUUGAAUGAUUGUGGAAUCCUUACACAUAACUGUCUUCCUUGCCUUGCUUCUGCUGUUGCUCCUAUUGAGAAGAGAAGAUCAGUUGACUCUAGUCCUCCUCCUAGUGCAAGGAAGAAAGCCGCUUUAAAGCUAUCUUUCAAAUGGAAAGAAGGACAUCAUUCCACUCUGUUAUCAUCCAAGUCACUUCUGCUUAGACCUAUAGCCGGUUCCCAAGUUCCAUUUUGUCCCUUGGGGAAGAAAAUGCCAGACAGUUGGUCUCCAAUUGAACCAGGGACAUUUCGAAUUCGAGGAGAGAACUACUUGAAAGAUAAAAAGAAGGAAUUUGCUUCAAACUCUGCGGCAUAUUACCCUUUUGGAGUUGAUGUGUUCUUGUCUCAAAGAAAAAUAGAUCACAUUGCUAGGCUUGUGGAACUCCCUAUUACUGAACCUUCAGGGAUUCUUCCACAAAUACUUAUUGUGAAUUGUCAGAUACCAUUGUAUCCGGCCUCAAUCUUUCAAAGUGAAACUGAUGGGGAAGGAAUACAUUAUGUUCUAUACUUUAAGCUUUCAGAAAGCUAUUCAAAAGAGCUUCCAUCUCAUUUUCAAGAGAGUAUUAGAAAGCUGAUUGAUGAUGAAGUGGAAAAGGUGAAGGGGUUUCCAAUGGACAGUAUAACACCUUUUCGGGAACGGUUGAAGAUUUUAGGCCGUAUAGCAAAUGUGGACGAUCUGCCGUUGAGUGCAGCAGAGAGGAAGCUCAUGCAUGCAUACAAUGAGAAACCUGUGCUUUCCCGUCCCCAACAUCAGUUUUACACGGGGGAAAAUUAUCUUGAGAUUGAUUUAGAUAUGCACAGAUUCAGUUACAUUUCCCGUAAGGGGUUUGAAGCAUUUAUGGAUAGAUUAAAGCACUUCAAUUUAGAUUUCGGCCUCACAAUUCAGGCAAGUAAAUAAUUGCCAUUGGAAAAUUUAUUUAUUAUGAGAUCUUCUACUUUCAUUCUUUAAUAACAAUCGAUGCAAUGUUUUUUUUGUUAACCAGGGUAACAAACCUGAAGAAUUGCCCGAGAAGAUAUUGUGUUGUGUACGUUUAAAUGAGAUUGAUUACGCGAAUUAUCAGCAACUAGGCUUGAAUCAAGAUCUCUUUGAAUAGGUGCACAAAUUAUGUAAACUCCCGGAAUCAUCAGUGCAUAUAAAAGUUAUUUUUUUUUGCUGCUAUAAACUUCCUAAUCAUCAACCCAAGCUCCCUCACUUUUUUUUCAAUCUGCAAAAAGAUUGUUAUGCCAAAAGACAACAGACUUGUGCGAAAAAACGCUUUUCUGAUUGGUGGCAAGCCAGAUGUAUGUUAUGUUCCAAAAGAAGACCAAAACAAUAGGGUCAAAUUACCAUGAGUAAUAUGACAAAGUUCACUAUCAAGUAUCAACAUUACCAUUUACCAUGUUCUGUUUGCUUGUUGAAAAAGGGUCAAAAUUAACAUUUACCAUUGACCUGCUACCUCUUCAUUUCUUAGUUCUUGGAACAUUUAUGAGCAAUUUUUUCAUGAAAACAAUUAUAGCAUUGAAGUGGAAGUUUAUAAUGUGCCUCCAACUAUUAACUAUUCUACCAUUAACUAUUUUAGUAAGGGAGUAAAUCCAAUUUAGUGUUGCUGUCAACUGUACGAACCCACUUGGGGAUGAAUGGAAAGAUUGAAAGUGUAGUGGGGAAGAGCAAAGACUUGAAAGACCUUUAAGUGAGGACAAUUAUUGUGGGAAUGGUCUUCAAAUUUGUCUGUCGGAAAUCCGCCAGAUGGUCGCAGAAAGAUUGUCUGUGGAUGGAUCUAGGUUACUUUGCCAAAACUACGUUUAAAUAGGCACAUUUUGCAUUUAUUUAAAGCCCGAUUGGUAACUAUGCGUUUUGGCCUUACUUAUCAAACAAUUUUUCACUGAACACGUAACUUUUGAUUUCCACGCUGAAUUGCGUAAUAAUAAGAAAAAGUAAUGUUGAUA